AUGGCUCGUUUCUCCAGCGAUCCAGGCGCGCAGAAAUUCCCGACGCUUGUGGAUGCUUCAAAAGCCACCGCUGCUGGCGCGCAAUCAGUCACUGGCGCCGGGACAUUUCUCCGCCCCACGCCUCCGCGCAGUUCGCGCGAAGGCAGCGCGGCGCCGGCCGGCGGGUUCCGCCACCGCCACUGGCACUCGUUCAGCGACUUUCAAGAUUCCCUGGAUGGAGCUUAUGACGGGGAUAUUGGUGAUUCUCCAUGCGCACCGCGCCCGUCUACAGUUGCUGCGGCUUCUGCCGAUGCGGCUGCCACCAGUGGGGAUGUGUCAUCGUUAAGGCUUAACGCCCCGCCCGCCGCGGCAGCGCUAAAUUCCGUGCCCCCCGCGGCUGCUUCUGCUUCUGCUGUUGCCACGUCACCGACUGAAGCCAUGCGGCCUGGUAGAAGCCGGAGCCAUGGUUCCGAUACCAUGGCGCGGCGGCGCCUGGCCCGGCACCGGCGCACGCAGUCACUGGAAGCAGUGAUGGAGUAUUAUGGCGUGACCGAGCAGGCCCUGACUCUGACUCCAAUGGGCCAGGUCCAGGCCAGUUCAGUGAAGCAGGCCACUUUUACGGGCCAGGCCAGUUCAGUGAAACAGUCCGCGUCAAUGACUCCCCCGUCCUCCUCGCCCUUCCCACGAGCCUACAUGGCUGUACACUACAUGCUCUCUGAAGUCGCCUUGCAGCCGCUUCUCCCCCCCCCUCCCCCUCCCCCGCCUCCUCUGCCUUCUCAUUGCCGCCUGAACCCCUCUCUCCUCCUCACCUGUCUCCUCCUCCCCUCUCUUCUCCUCCCCUGUCUCCCCCUCCCCCCUCUCCUCCCCUCUCUCCUCCUCCCCUCUCUCCUCCUCCCCUGUCUCCUCUUCCCUUGUCUUCCCCACCCCUGA